AUGGCUGAGGAGACCUUGGACACAUAUAGCAAUCCCAAUAUGGCGCAGACAGACAAAACACAUGAUCAAAAAGGUAAGUGCAAAAUGGUGAAGCAAGAAGAAUCAAAUGCAGUUAAAGACCCCCGCUUGUGCACUGAAAACAAAGCGGGCUGUGUUUCCCCAAGCAAGCAACGUAAUGGGCUUGUGAAGAAUAAAAAAAAAACGCACUUGAAAAAAAUUGAUAAAGAUGCAAAUGAAGGUAAGGACGAUUUGGGAAAAAUCUGCCAUGAAGAAAUGGAAGAAAUGGUUGGCGCAGAGUUUUCAGAAAGGGAGAUACCCAGAGGGGAGGCGGAUAGACGAGGUCUGAAGCUGAAGCAUGAGGAGAAGAGCAAGAGAAAAAGAGAGAGACUAACAGAUCCGCAUGCCGAUACACAGGGAGUCCCAAAUGAAACCAUCUCGGAACAAGACCAAGCGAACCUCUCAAAUCAAAAUCCCACCAGUUGCAGCACCCCUAGUAACGUAGACCAAACGACCAGCAGCAUUUACGUAAAACCAGAACCGAAGAAAAUAUCUAUCUCUUCAAAGGAGUAUACUGCACGGGAAAAACAAAACGACGCACAGGAUCAGGUGUGUUGCCACCAUGAUGAGAGGAAAGAAAAUAGUGUCCUUACAAAUAAAAAACUUUUAAAAUGUAGAGGUAGAGGGAAAAAUGACGUCGUAGAAUGUAAACAUCAUGAGUAUUACAGCGAAAGAUAUACAAGCCUUUCCGCUAACAACAUUGAGAGGAAGAAACAAGGGAAUGUAGACAGCGGAGAAAAUAACCCUGCGUAUGUUAAUAGACCCUAUUUGGAGCCAAGCUCCAUCCACCAGAGGAUUAUCAAGAAUAGCAACAGCCCCAGUUUUGAUAAGUACUGUCCGUAUGAAAAGAACUGUGCAGAUCAUGUAGACCUGAGGAACAUGUACCACGCGAGUACAGGAACGAACAGUGUCGCUAAUUGUGUUAACAGCAGUGCGAACAACUGCAAUCGUUGUAGCAGCUAUGGGUAUGUGAACAUUGUAUCCCCCCCAAAUGGAUUAAGCAAUCAUCACCAGAAGAAGCAGCAGGUCGACGCCAAUUCGAAGAAAGCACAAACGCACAUUCCGUUUAUUUCACCAAGUGGACAAGCUCAAAACGACCUACGUAUGAACACUGCAAAUGUGCAACACCAUCAUGUAGUGCCCCCUUAUGUGCACCCCUUGGGUAACAAGGAACAAGGCAUAAGAAUUGCAACCUAUACAAAGGAUCGCUUCUACAAAAAAGGGAAAGAAAAGAUACAAGACCAGUAUUACAGAAUAAAGCUGUGUCCAUUUUUAAAAAAAGGGCUGUGUCAAAAAGGAGAUAACUGCUCAUAUGCACACUCAACUGAUACUUUAAGAAGUUGUAUGAAUUUAAUGAAGACUAAAAUUUGCCAGUUGUGGUUGAAAAAUGAAUGCAGGAACCCUAAUUGUGUAUAUGCUCAUGGAGAGGCAGAAUUGAGGGCAACACCAGAUUACUUUAAAACAAAGCUGUGUAAAUAUUUUGACAAGGAAGGUACAUGUCCAUCUGGAGACAAAUGUAGACAUGCACAUGGGCAGGCAGAACUCAGACAAAGAAACUACAGGAAAACGGAAUUUGAAAAAUGCACUCCAAAAAGUAACGUCAGUCCAAAAUUCACAUUGCAUGAUUUGAAGAAUAAGGGGGAAUUUCCACACCACAUUUUGCACAUGCUCAGUGGAAAAAGCAGAAAGGAGAAUGUCGACAGGAGUGAGUGGAAUAAUUGGAAUAAAACGAACGGUCACAAUGAAUUCAGUAACGCCUUCAGCAGCGGAAGCAGGUACCAUAGGGACACUCGUGUGGCCACACAUACUGGUCAAAACUCAAAUGAACAAACGACAUCUGGACAUAAGAGAAGUACACUUGCUGACCAAAUGUGCACAACAGAAAAAAGAGAAAGUGCGAACGAAAUUAACCAGGUCUACCAUGUCAGUGCUGCUCACAGUUGUACAAAACAGGAAAAGGUAAUUCAUACCUUGUCGACCUUUUGCGAGAGGAAGGAAAAGACAGAUGGGGCAAGGAGCAGCAAUCGUAGCAGUGCAAACGUGGGCGAUGUUAAUUAUUCCAAUCAGAGGGAACAUCCAAAGAAGGAACAAAUUUUCAACACAGAAGAGAGAGAAGAGGAAGACAAGGAGAAUGCAUCCCAUGAGGACACACCAAGUUUACUUCACGCAGUUUCGGCCACGACCAGUAGUAUCAGCGUGGAGCGUGACGGAAAUGCGAAAAAGGAACAGAGGGACGAUGUAAUGGAAGGAGGCAUGGGAAACGACACAGGAAUCGGCGCAAUAGAGGCGAGCAAAACAGAACAAAGAGCGGACAAUCAAAAGGAAGGAAAAAGCAGCUCGCCGUGUGGUGAGCUCCUUUCCCAGAAGAAUCAAAAUUUGACUCACAGAACAGAAUCCGUAGAAAUGAAGAACGAACAAAUCGAGUUGGGACAGAAUGAGGAACAGCAUCCUGUUGGAAAAUCGUCGCAUAGUGGUGAUAGGAAUAAUGGUGAUUACAAAAUAUUGAGGCACGUAGCGAAUGGAGGGGAAAAGGAGGAUACUUUCACUGAGGUUCUGGAUCAUAGCAGCGAGUACAUGUCCAGUGGGCGAAGUAGCAGCCAAUACAUGUCAAUUGGGAAAAGUAGCAGCGAAGUAGAGACCGAGUCGUUUGGGAACAGAAGUCCAAAUAUGUCCUAUGGAAGGUGUAACCAGGACUACCAGGAAGAGAGUCGCGGGCAAGCGGAGGACAAAAGCAAUGGUCAAAUGGGGGGUGAAAGCCAAGGGGCUGCCCUGCUCGAAGUGGACAUAGAAAGGGAAGACGGCAAAAUGUAUGAAAGAGUUGAGAUGAUAGGGAAUGCCUCUGUAGGAGAAUAUCCGCAAGAAAGGCGACAUAAGACACACCGCAGCUUUGAAGGGGAUAAAAAGGAGAACGGAAAUAUGGACCGUGACGUAAAUGGCGAUGAGGAUAGCGAUAAGAAUGCGAAUGGCAAAGGAGGCAAGGGAAAACCGAGAGACCUCGAUCAGGGACAAGAACGCCCAACGCUAAACGAAAACAGGUGUACCGGACCCACGAAUGAAAUGGAUGAUUGUUCGAACAAGGUGACCAGUGGAGAAAACAUCAUCCAGAGACGCUACGCAAAUAAUUUCCCAAGGGGAGGGGAAAGAUAUGGCUCAUUUAGAAAUUUCAAGAAAAGUGUAAAUGACAUACAGAGGAAUUCCAUUUUUAUGCUGAAGAAUCAGUGCAGAAAGGAGAAUGACAGAAAGGACAACGACGGAAAGAAGAAUAUGCUCCUGAGCAAAUUGGCUAGCUACCCCACGCAGAGCACAUCUAACAACUACUGCCCAAAGAAUUUUAAUUACAAAUAUAAGAAGUUUAACAUGGCAAAUCGAUACGCAAAGAAUUUUGAGGGUUUGGACCACUACAGAAGCGUCGUGAACUAUGGGGUCGACGGGAACAUGGCAUCUUAUGCAAAGUGUGACAGAGGCUAUUUGAACAAGGCUGAGGAACUAAUCAAUAACGAGUGCACGCAGAACGGAAGUGUGAUCGGCGGUAAUGGCAGCGGCAGCACCCCACAGGCAAGGCACAAAAAGGGGGACGCACCGGGAGAACACAACAAAUUUACCGGCCACAACCAACUUGGAAAUCACUACAAACGGGAAGAACAGAUGACGAACGGUAGAGUAAAGACAAGAGGAGAAGACAAGAACUGCAAUGACAUCCCGCAUAGGAUUUUCGCCUUCAAAAAUUCACAUCGCUCAUUUCACAACACGUACAGUAUACCAGAACAGAAUCCAUCAAAUCAAAAUUUUGAAAACGCAGAAAGAUGUUCCCAUACAAACCACAACCACGCGAAUAAUUCACUCCACAUGCAGAAUGUUCUACCCAGACCUAAAGAAACUUACAGAAACGCUUGCAACAGUGGUAUUCAUAGAACAAAGCAAAACUAUGAUAAGAGUAACGGAACUACAAGUAACGAUGUGAUGUAUGGCCCCCCUGUAUAUCCCUUGAACACGCUGGUGAACAACUUUAGUUAUUACAACUAUAACGUAAGUAAUGUUUACUCGAACCGAAACAACUGCUAUAGUUAUUUGAAUGUGGAACUGAACAGCGUGAAUAUGGCCAGCCAGACGCGCGUUGUGCCCGCGGAGUUGUCCAUUUCAGUGCAAGGUGGACGGACAACAGAGGAAGCCUAUGGAGCAGAAACCGGGCAUGCAUAUAGAAGGACAAUCGGGGCACCGAACCUAGCGACGAACACGAAUGACGCGUUCAACACGACUGACGGUCCCAACAUCCGAAACAACCGAGCAAACUACUCCACGAGCGCAGAGGGUGCGAACGGCCAGUCCGUGUUCGGUCCCGUGCCACACCUAACCCUACGAUCGACCAAUCCACCACAUAACAGAUCGGCCAAAUCGCAUUCAUGCUCGAACCAGCACAGAAAACAAAUUUUGAAUGUCCAAAAUAUGGGAAGCAACACGGCUAAUAUGCACACCUGUGGAAACCAAUAUGUUAACGUGCAAGGGAACAAUAUCAGGCAGGAGAGAAAAUGCACCUUAGCUAAUGUCGCAGUGGGUAGUAGCCACCACAGAAGCUCUGUCACACCGUCUAAUACGGAUGAUAACUUCGUGCAGAAUGGGAACAGUGGAUCUUGGUCCGUAUCGAACAUGGCACACAAGGACAGAUCGGAUGCACCUGUUGGUUCGUUUAGCAGAAACAACAACAGUGGGCAUGGCGUUAGUGACGAGAAAGACCUUAGUGGCAAUAACAGCGGUUGGGGGCCAGUGGGCGGUAGCGGCUCUCACGGGGAAAAUCAAAACCUGCACGAAACGCAAGUUUCCCAAAACGACGGCAGGGAAAACAGAAAAAGAAUCCCCCACCUGCCCUACAACACACACAAAAAUUAUGAAAGGAGAACCAACAAUGCUCAUUUUAAAAACUAUAGGAAUUAUAACAACCAUAUUUAUACGAAUCAAGUGUGUACCAACCAGGUUUACAGCCACCACAUUUAUGCGAACCAUCAGGCAUAUGGCUCCACUCAGGGGUACUAUAGCAACCAGGUGUACACAUACCAGCACCCGUAUAGCAACUGCAUAUGCUGUAAUGGCGGUGGUGCGUGUAGCAAUAGCCACCCCUACAACAGCAGCAGCAGCGCGUAUGUUAUUUACCCCUAUAGUAGCUAUCCUUACAGCAUCAGCUACCACCAUAGCAGCAACUACCCUUAUGAUGGUCUAUGCACCUAUGAUGGUGAAUAUCCCUAUAGUGGUGCAUUUCCCUGUGACGCUGUGCAACCCUAUAACGGCAACCCCCAUUGUGACAGUGUCCAGCCGUAUACCGCGGCCCCCCAUUAUAGCGGCAACUAUUACUAUGGUGAUGUGCAACAGUUUAACGCUGGCCAAUUGUAUGGAUGUGGCCAAAUGUAUAGCGGCGGACAGGUGUAUAUCGGCGCCGAACAGUAUGGUGAUGCCGAUCAAUCUGGUGAUGUCCAACCGUGUGGCGGAGACUAUCAUUAUAACGGUAACCAAAGUGGUGUACACAACGGGAGCUACACUAAUGAUCAAAGCUACGCACACAAUCAGUACCCCUAUAACGGCAUAAUGAAUUAUGGCCCGCUUUACAACAGCAACGAUACGGAGCAAGGGCAGAACGGUCACUGUGCACCCCCCAAGGGUAGCAUAUUGGGCAGCGGGAAGUACCAAAAUUGGCCUAACGAAGAUGGAAACAAUGCAAAUGGCAGGUGCCAGGGUGAAUCUGCAUUUGAUGAUCUUACAAAAAAUGCAUCAACAGAAGAAGGAGAAGAGGUAGAGGGAGAUGAAGCAGAUCAUCAAAGCCCUUUACAUUCUCCUGCAGAAUUGCAGCAGUGA